ACUGCGACUGGAAGACGCAUAUUUCUGUGGGCGAAAUCCGCAAAUUGUUUUAGCUAUUGCGCUUCUUUUUGGGUGCUUCGGAAUUUCCUACUUCGUCACCUUGAAGAAGACUCCUGUUUAAAAAAAAACUGACCAAUCCAGAAAGAGCUAGAUAAACAUACCAAAUGGAGCGGAGUCGGCAAAACGGCCGGAUUCGCAAAGCGCCGACUUCUGGAUCCGAUAGCGACACUUCUGAGGCUCCGAGUCGCAAAAAGAGCAGGCAGGUGGAUGAGGAUGAUGGCCUUGAGGAAGCGUCUACCUCGCAGGCAGCGAAUUCGCGGAGCGCAGGCACGAACAUGUCGCAGAAUAUGACCACUAUGAAUCUUACGUCGGAGAUGUCCAUACCGAACGCCUUCAACCGCUGCGGCAAAGUCAUUUCCAUGCGCCUCACCAACUUCAUGUGUCACUCCAAUCUGUUUAUGGAGUUUGGCCCGAAUAUCAACUUCCUGGUGGGCAACAAUGGCAGUGGCAAGAGCGCCGUGAUCACAGCAUUGGCACUGGGCCUGACCAGCAGCGCUCGGGUGACCAGCCGGGCUAGCAGCAUACAGAAGCUAAUAAAGAACGGAGAGGCCAGUGCCACCGUUGCCAUAACAUUGUCCAAUAAUGGACUGCGGCCCUUCAAAGCGGAAAUCUUUGGGCCCCAUCUCACGGUGGUGCGCCACAUUCGGCAUUCAUCGUCGGCCUAUGACCUUCAAGACGCUCGCGGUCGAAGCGUGUCCAAGAAAGUGGGCGAAAUCCGACGCAUGCUGCUCUGCUUCGGCAUUAACGUGGAAAAUCCCAUAUUUGUGUUGAAUCAGGAGGCGGCGCGAGAGUUUCUCAAAGAAUUGGAGCCGGAAUCGAAUUACAAACUGCUGAUGAAGGCAACUCAGCUUGAUGUUUGCGCCGUCAGCUUGCUCCAAUGUCAUGAGCAGCGACGCCACUUUAGCCAGGACAUGGAACACUUGGUCAAAAAAAGGGAAGUCGUGGAAAAACAAGUGGAGGCAGUAGAGGAAAAGCUUUCAAUACUCAAGGAUAAAGAAGUCGUUAAGGUAAAACUUAAGCAAUCCGAGGUCAAGUUGGCCUGGUUGGCUGUGACGCGUUCGCAGCAAGAGCUUGACCAGCUGGAGCACUCGAUAAGCCUGAUAGAAGCCAAGAAGGCCAAGCUAGAGCAGACCACAUCCAAAAAGGAGUCCACCCAAGCCACGCUCACCCAGCAGCUUAACCAAUUUGAGUCUACCAAAAAUGUAAUCUUAGGUUCCUACAAGGCCCAAGAAGUGAAGGUAAGGACGGCCAAAAAGGCAGUGCAAGAUCUCCUCUUAAAGAUCAGCUCUGUGAAGGCCCAGCUUGACAACGCUGAGCGAAGAAUGAGGGAGGAGCAGCACACGUACACUGCCUGCGAAAAGCAUAUUGGUAGCUACCAUGCCGACUUCAAUCGGGUUAAGGAACAGCGGGAGGAGCACGCCAAGCAGAUGGAGGCUCUGAAGAAGCAAGUGGCUGAAAGUGACGAGCUCAUUGCCCGUUUGCGGGAGGAGCAGCAGCAAAUGAAGCGCGAACUAACAGCCGUUCAGGAGACGACAGAGACUGUGAAAUAUGAGAGAGCCCAGCUGCAUAAAUCAAAACAGAACAUGCAAUGGGAAAUUGAGACGCUGUCCCGCAACAAAUCCAACACUUUAUCCGUGUACGGGGAGCAAGCGAUCCAAGUGGUUCAUGCGUUGCGCACUCAGUAUGCCGGUGCCAAUUUGCACAGGAUGCCGCGCGGUCCGCUGGGCCAGUACAUCAGUGCGCCCAAUCCCAAGUACCGCGACCUAGUCGAGAAUCAGCUCAUGUCCUGCCUGCGCUCUUAUAUCGUGAGUUCGGACAGGGAGCGCCAGUCGUUGAGGACGCUACUGCAAAACAAGUACCCCAAUGGCAACGUACCCACCAUUAUCACCAGUUCCUUCACAGAUCGCGUCUACGACGUGUCCAGGCACAAGGUGCGGCCCACCACACCGAACACCACAGUGCUGAUAGAUGAAAUCAGCUGUAACGAUCCGGUGGUUAUGAACUACCUCAUUGACAUGCUACGCAUUGAGACGGUCCUGGUGACCGAGUCCAAGGAGAUUGCCGAGUUCCUCACCUCGGAUACGGAGAAUGUGCCUCCCAACCUGACAAGGGUUCUGGUACCGAACUUGGGACUGGAGUACAUACCAUCGCCCAACUAUGCCGUGUAUUCGAAUAAAAUAUUUCCGGCGAGAUUUAUUCAUGUGAAUGUCGACGAUCGCAUCCGCCAGCUGCACAUCGAGCAGGAUGCCAUUAAGGAGCGAGAGGCGUCUCUAGAAGCCGAUUACAUGCAGCAGAAACAAAUAUUGGAAAAAAUCAACCAAGAGAUUUCGAAGAGAAGUGUCUUAAUUGGCCAGCAUCAGUCGAGGAAUAAUCGGGCAAUGCAACAAAAAAUUGAGUUGGAGAACUAUGAUUACCCGGAGCUGCCGGAAUAUGACCGCCUGAAAACUCAUUUAAGCGACAGCGGUGAGAAGAUUAACAAGUGCAGGGAAGAGCGCGAAGCGCUACAGCAAAAACUGGACGAGAUCAAGGAACGAAAGGAGCAACUUCGCCGAGAAGAGGCCGAUGAGACGAAGGCCCUUGAAGACAUCAAUCAAAAGCUUUCCACCGUUGACACUGAGUUUCAGGAAGUCGAGUCUAAGAUCCGUAGCCUGGAUCUUCACUUUGAGGAAAACACUCGAUGUUUGCAGAAAACGUUGCAGGUGGAGAAGAAAAUGCGCGAUGUGAAGGCGACAACGUUGGCAGAGUUGGAAAAGGUUCGCGCCGAAGCUGAGCAAUUGGGGGAAUUCAUCGCCACGACGCAGACGGAGGAGAACAUCCGCGAGUCGAUUAGUCGUUACAAAUCAAAGAUUCGGCAGGUUGAACAGCUGAACUAUAUCAUUGAGGAUGUUGAAGGGGAGUUGUCUACGCUGCGAGACAAUCUGGGGCAACAGGCCAAGCAAUUAAAUGUGGUGGAAUCGGUGAUCAAGAGGUUGCGCCAAGCUUACCAUCAGCGGGCGCAGCUGUUCCAGAGAUCACGUAAACACUACUUUACCAUGGUUCAGUUUCAAUUUGAGCAAGCGUUGUCAAUGCGCAAGUUUAAGGUGAGCUUCGAUACCAAUGACAGGGACAGGACUUGGAAAAUUAAUGUAUUUCCGCCCAGUGGAAAUAAAACAUCAAAUACCAGGAGCUUAUCCGGCGGUGAACGCUCUUUUACCACAGUUUCGUUGCUGAAAGGACUUUGGAGCACCUCAGAUCAUCCGUUCUAUUUUCUGGACGAAUACGACGUAUUUACGGAUGAAGUGAACCGAAAGUUCAUUACGGAAAUCCUCAUCAACGAGGGAAUGGACUACAAGAAUCGUCAGUUUUGUUUUCUCACGCCCCAGGACACUGAGGUCCAGGCCAGCAACUUUAUUACGGUGCACAAAUUGGAGGCUCCUGAUCGUUAAGGUUUAUUAGAAAUCAAUAAUGUUGCAGGUCGACGUCAAUACAUAUACAAAAAGUUUUUCCAAAUGUACAAUUACCUCUAUCUUAAGUGGAUGAUCUAGUAACGUAAAGUUGUUUUCUAAACUAAAAUAAAGUUAAGAUUAAUUAACCUAACCCUCUAAUACCCAAGAAUUCCUCAAGGCACUUAUUAUACAAAUUGUAUUAUCUGAAAAACGAGGAGCCUUUUAAUUAUUUGAAUUAUACUUGUCAAUUCACAAUAAACAUGUGAACUUAUGCUCAAGCUCUCUUAAGCUUUAUAACGGGACUUUUUUC